ACAGUCAGCCGCCUGUCACGUGACCCAUCUAGGCCAGCAAGAUUUGAACGAAAGAGCCAGCAGACUGGAGAUUAGGAAUGAACCUCGACUGUUUUAACAAUGCUUCUGCUGGCUAAAACACAACUAUUUCUAAAAUAUUGAUGAUCAAAUUCAGAUAAAAUGUUACGAAAGGGGCGAAUACCCGUUACAGAUGUUAACCCCCACUUACUGUGUGUAUUGUGUGGGGGAUAUUUUAUAGAUGCUACCACCAUCAUAGAAUGUCUACAUUCUUAUUGUCGAACUUGUAUCGUUCGUUACUUAGAAACCAGUAAAAUGUGUCCAUUAUGUGACGUUUUAGUUCACAAAACCAAACCGCUGGAAAAUUUAAGGGCAGACAAAACGUUACAAGAUUUGGUUUAUAAACUAGUACCCGGUUUAUUUGAGUCUGAAAUGGCCAGCAGAAGAAAGUUUUAUGCUGAACAUCCUGAAGCCUGUAAAGACAUUUCUUUAGAAGAUAGAGGCGAUGCCGUUAUGGAGAAAAACCUCGAUUCUGAAGAAGAGCAGAUCAGCCUAAUUUUGGAACUCAGUGCAAAUGGAAGGCCACCAGGUAUUGAUAACUCUAAUGCACAGAUAACAGACCGUCGUUAUUUAUUAUGUCCCAGUGCCGUGACCGUAGAACAUCUAAAGAAAUUCAUCCGCCUAAAGUUUGCUGUGCCUACUAAAUAUCAGAUACAGUUUUAUCAUACCCGCCUAGAAUUAUCCGAUAACUUGACAUUAUGUGAUAUAUCAACAUUAUACACGUGGAGACGGACUCAACCUUUAAGGCUGUUCUAUAUGAUAUACGACCCACCCCCUAAUCAACGGAAACUGGUUUCCAUACCGGAAGACAGGAGACGGCGGUCUAGUGUCAAAAAGUCAAAAGCUGAAGUAAAACGGAAAAACUCGAGGGAGUUUGACUUUAUUAGUGCAGAGAAGGUCGCUAAAAUAGCCAAGAAAGGAGACCAGUCAAAUUUGCUGGGAAGUGACUCAAAAUCUGUCCAGUCAAACGGUAUGCAGAUAGAUAAAUCAGAUAUGCGCACUGUAACCCGUGACGUAAAUGAAAAUUGUGUUUUACCUCAAUCCGAAGACGUCAAAACUGAAGUGUUCAUUAAUGAUACUAAAGGGCGUACGUGUAUAGAUAAAGCAAACUCUUUAUCUAAAUUCACAUCAUUGUUUAUUAAACCAAAGACGCCACCUAACGGCAAACAUAAAUUAUCUCGGGGUAAUGACUGCCACCUAAAAUCAAAAAUAAGUAAAUUGGACAUUUUCCUGAAGAACACUAGCAGAAAAAGUAAAAAUUGCGACUCGUCCAAACUAUUAAAUGAUAAUAAAAUUGUUGAUGGCAUGAAGCUACUGAAGAUCAACAAAAAUGGCGAGGUUUUUAAGUGUCCGACGUUGGAUAAUAGUGAUUCAUUAAAAAGUCCAGUUAAAAGUUCAGACACAGUAAAAUUACCCAGAGGAAGUCGAAGUGGGGAAAGUCUUAUCAGACCCGGAAAGAACAUUAAAGUUAAGGAGAUAAAAUCCACAAAUUGUGCAAAUAAAAGUGACAGUAGUGAAGAUGAAACUAAAACUCGUGUGAUAAUUGAUAUAAAUCGCGCAGCACCCAAAUCGCCAUUCAAGUUCUUUGAUACAAAGAAAACCGUUCUUGUGCAUUCGUCCUUAAUUACAGACCUAAGUUGUAGUAAAAGUGAUAUCUCCACAAAAUUAAACAAUAACAAAAGUGGUGUAGCGAAGAAAUUAUCAAUUAAAAAAGACGAGGUUGUGACGAAACCGCGAAAUAAUGAUCAAAUUAAUGGUAGCUUGCAGCAGAGCAAAGUUGAAAUCCCUGAAGUAAAUGUGGGGACAAAGGAUAAAAAGUAUAAAAAUACCGCUAGAAAAGUAAAAGACAUGUGUGUACCUAAUGCAAAACAAACGAAAGUAAAAACUGAUGACGUUUUGCCCAAAAACAAUAAUAAUGACGUCGUUGUGAAAAAUGACGUGGCUGUGAAGAAUGACGUCCAAAGAAAUAGUGAUACCUUAGUGAAAAAUGAUAUCAGUGUGAAAAAUGAUGUUAUCGUGAAAAAUGAUGUCGGUGUACAAAUUGACGUGAUAAAUAAAAGUGAAGCAAUUGUGAAAAAUGGUGUGGUUGUUAAGAAUGACGCCAUUGUCAGAAAUGAUAUCAGUGAAAAAAAUGAUAUCGAUGUGAAUAAGAAAAAGGAUCAAACCGAAGAUGAUGUAGAAAUAGACAGUGGAAGAGAGUAUUUAAAAAAGAAGUGGUUCAAAAGCAGAAUUAGCAGAAAUUCCAUCUCCAAAAAUAGCGAUGUCAAAAAUGGCGUCAUUCUGAACGAAAAAGACGAAAAAUGUGAAUCUAGUGUUAAAAACAUACCAGCUAUUUCUACACAGGAAAACGCAAAAUCUGAAAACAUGAACAGUGAUAAAACUAAUAAAAAUGCCACUUCAACACAUCCAGACUCUAACUGUGACCUAAACAAAGCAAAUAAGGAUGUUAAGAUACAAAAACAUGACCUUAAAAACAUUUUAACUGUUAAACAAAAAAUAAAAGCAAGUGACGAAUACGCACUUCAGACAGGGGGAAUAAAUAACAUUUCAGAACUAUCCAAAAAUAAAACAAUCAAGGCAAACGUGAGCCCAGUAAAUGAUCAAAAUGUUGAACACGUGGGAAACACUAGUAAGAGUGACAUUACUUUGAAAUCCAAGGAUAAACAAAAUGACGUAGCAGUUAAGCCUGUUAAUAACGCCAUUGACCAAAUUAAGACUGGUAAAAAUGACGUCACACCAAAGACAGAUGAUGACGUCCUGGCCAAGCCAAAAAAUGACGUCACGGCAAAGCCAAAAAAUGACGUCACGGCGAAGCCAAAAAAUGACAUCGUUAAGUCAAAAAACGACGCGCCGAAAAAGAAGGAAAGCAGAAAUGGCGUCAUUGCAAAUGAACUUUGUGAAUCGAACGCCGAGGUUCAAAAGAAUAGUACUAAGACUGAUAACGAUAAUGUAGAAGAUAGUGCUCUUUGUCAUCAUAAUUCGCUAAUAUUUAAUGCCGGCUUUGCUACCGACCCUUACUCGUUCGAAAUGGAUCACCAGCCUUUAGAUCUUUCGGACGUGUCGCUUAAAAGAUGUGUGAAAAAAUCGGUGAUUUUAAACAAAUAAAAAGGAUGCUUUAUUUACAA